GAUGGAGCUGGCGGCCGCGAACCUCAGCGAGGGGAACGCGAGCGAGCCCGAGUCCCCCACCUCAGAGCCGAGGCCCCUCUUCGGCAUCGGCGUCGAGAACUUCAUCACGCUGGUGGUGUUCGGCCUGAUCUUCGCGCUCGGCGUGCUGGGCAACAGCCUGGUGAUCACCGUGCUGGCGCGCAGCAGGCCGGGCAAGCCGCGCAGCACCACCAACCUGUUCAUUCUCAACCUGAGCAUCGCCGACCUGGCCUACCUGCUCUUCUGCAUCCCCUUCCAGGCCACCGUGUACGCACUGCCCACCUGGGUGCUGGGCGCCUUCAUCUGCAAGUUCAUCCACUACUUCUUCACCGUCUCCAUGCUGGUCAGCAUCUUCACCCUGGCCGCGAUGUCGGUGGACCGCUACGUGGCCAUCGUGCACUCGCGGCGCUCCUCCUCCCUGCGGGUGUCCCGCAACGCGCUGCUGGGCCUGGGCUUCAUCUGGGCGCUGUCCAUCGCCAUGGCCUCGCCCGUGGCGUACCACCAGCGCCUCUUCCACCGGGACAUCAGCAACCAGACCUUCUGCUGGGAGCAGUGGCCCAACCAGCGCCACAAGAAGGCCUACGUGGUGUGCACCUUCGUCUUUGGCUACCUGCUGCCGCUCCUGCUCAUUUGCUUCUGCUAUGCCAAGGUCCUUAAUCAUUUGCACAAAAAGUUGAAGAACAUGUCAAAGAAGUCAGAAGCAUCGAAGAAAAAGACCGCGCAGACGGUUCUGGUGGUGGUCGUGGUUUUUGGGAUAUCCUGGCUGCCACACCACGUCAUUCAUCUCUGGGCUGAGUUUGGUGUUUUCCCGCUGACCCCUGCCUCCUUCUUCUUCAGAAUCACCGCCCACUGCCUGGCGUACAGCAAUUCCUCGGUGAAUCCUAUCAUAUACGCAUUUCUCUCUGAAAAUUUCAGGAAGGCCUAUAAGCAGGUGUUCAAGUGCCACAUUCGCAAUGAAUCAUCUCUCAAUGAUACUAAGGAAAAUAAAAGUCGAAUAGACACCCCACCAUCAACCAACUGUACUCACGUGUGAGAA